GUUGGGGUCCCGCGAGCAUGGCAGCUUCGAAGGUGAAACAGGACAUGCCCCCGCCGGGGGGCUAUGGCCCCAUCGACUACAAGCGGAACCUUCCGCGUCGGGGACUGUCGGGCUACAGCAUGUUUGCUGUGGGCAUUGGGACCUUGCUCUUUGGGUACUGGAGCAUGAUGAAGUGGAACCGCGAGCGCAGGCGCUUGCAGAUCGAGGACUUCGAGGCCCGCAUCGCGCUGAUGCCGCUGUUGCAGGCAGAGAAGGACCGGAGGGUCCUGCAGAUGCUUCGAGAGAACCUGGAGGAGGAGGCCAUCAUCAUGAAGGAUGUGCCUGACUGGAAGGUGGGUGAGUCUGUGUUCCACACAACGCGCUGGGUGACUCCCAUGAUGGGCGAGCUCUAUGGGCUGCGCACGAAUGAGGAGAUUCUCAAUGCCACCUACGGCUUCAUGUGGUACAUGUAGGGGCCUGCUCCCCUCGGACUACUUGGACCCCCUACACCCUCCCCACUGGGAAAGAAUAAAUGCUCUGGAGACCUGCCU